UAAUAAAACCAAUGGCCAUGAUGGAUAAAUCUAUUUACUGCAAACUGUGUUUAUGAACAUAGUACCAUCAUCAUUUAACUGCAGACUUUAUUGCGUUGAUGAACAACUUUUUCAUGAAAUAAAUUUAUUUGUCUAUGCAGUGCCCAGCCUCAGCCCUCAAUCAAGGAUUUGAAAAGGGCAGGGUCUUUUUUGUAAAAAGGACACUUUCGACGUACAUUAUUUUGUCAAAUGGGCACUUUCGAGUACGCGGUCGUUUCAGGAAUGCUUCCUGUUGCAUGUAAAUUUAUGUCAUUAAUAAUUGUUAGAAUAUAUUAUUCCCAUUAGGCCUAAAAAAAAAACAUGUUUGUUUCAGGUUACGGCCUCAAAAAAAUGAUGUAGGUCUGGUUUUUUUUUUUUUUUGCUGUAGGAUCUGAUAUAAACUGGUGGCAACAGUGUGAAUCAGAUACGCGGAAAUAACCCCAUGUUACUAUCAAACGAUAAUUUCAGGGGUUUAUUGCAGUUUUAUGGCUUUGUUUUACCUACAUGUACCACAUUAAUUGGUCCGAACAGUGUACUUUGCGAUAAAACCAUGGCAAGUAACGUAAGAGACUGAUGAUAGCAAACGGGUGUUAUCCUCCUGGAAAUUGUGCUUUUAAUGCAUAAUAUUGUUAAAACAUAUUUUUCGACACGUAAAGCGUUUUAACAAAAAAUGUAUUAUUUAUAACAAAUAUAACACAAGUAUAAAUGUUCCGUUAAAUGCCCAAAUGAGAAUAAUAAUUUGUAAUCCAAAACAAUCUGAUUUUAUAAUGUGAACACGACGUUUACAAAUACUUCCGAUGUAUAUACAUACAUACCAUACGUCCCGGAUUGUCCGGGACAGUCCCGGAAAUGAAGAACUUGUCCUGCUGUCCCGGAAAUCUGUCAAAUGUCCCGGAAUUUACAAAAUCCAUAUAUACAUGUACCUUAUAUUAGGCUUAACUGCACCUCGAAUCUGUGUAUAUCUGCAGCGUCUCCAAGACAAUGCCUACCCGAAUAGGCAGACUACGCUACGUGUCAAAAUCGAUCAAUUAACAGGGGUCCUGUUAUCAUAUCGAUUGUCUCGCGUUCGCGGUCAAACCGAAAAGGCGGCAUUGCUUAAUUUGGUUGUUAAUUGACUUUAAUCUACUACGUCAUUAUUUUCUGCUGGGUAAGGGCUAAGGAUAGUUGUUCACAUACAGUACACUCCACGCGUUUUCCCCAAUUUCCCUCCAUACUCCGCGGGUUUCGACCUGGAGGGAGAUUAAGAAAAUCCCGCUAUACGCGGCGUUUGCAUGAUUUUGUACGCGGCGGUUAACGAUCGGCAAAACUGAUAAACCGACGCGGCGGCCCUCGGCGUUGGCAACGCGGGGGAAACUCCGCGUUUUACGAGAUAACGAUCAAUUUAAUUUUGUUUGACUUUCUGAUUUUCAAAUAAAAUUACAUUUAUUACAAGUACAUACAUGUACAUGUAGUAUAAUAUUUACAAUAAAAAAAAAACAACCAAGAUCGAUCCCGACGUGGUUGUAGAAGUAGUUGUGGUUGUAUAGAAAACUCGUUGAUUUACGACACACAAAACGUCGUCUUUUUACUAAUACUUACCAAUUAAUAUAAACACAGUUUGCAACAUUGUUUUUAUUUUGAUAAUUUAAUCUAAAGUUUUCAUGUAAGCAGGUGAUUUUCUAUAAUGAACAUGUAUACAAAUGACCAAGGACCCUAAAAAUCUCGCAAAUCUGUGUGAAUUGACAGUUUGACGUAAUCAAAGAAAAGCCGCUUCCUGUCUAAAGGCAUAACUUACUCAAGUAAACACGUUCAACGAAUGCAUAAGGAAUGGUUUUAAUUGUCGGAACAAAGUCUAUUCUUUGCUCGCUAAUGCAUUGAUUUUCUUUUUGUUUGUAGGUUAUUCCAUUGAUUGCUAAAAGGUGGUAACUAUUGAGUUGAUAAUUGCAUUUAAUAUUCACAGUUGUAUUCUUGUUGCGUCGACAUUCUAAACAAUGUUUACCAGUAAUUAUGGACCAAAUCGGCAGAGUGACAUUCACACAUGUUAAUCCCUUUUGAACAGCAGUGUACACAAUAGGUCAGUAGACAAGCUUUGCGUGUUUUCAUAACGUCAAACACUUAAAAUCCAGUUCCGCCCAGAUGUCUUCUGUAAUCAGUUUACAGUACAAUUAGUGUUAAAAUAAUUUCUCUACUAAAAUACCGUAACGAUAAAGAUUCGGCGUGUUCGAUUUGAAAUUAUUUUAGAGGAAAUAUCAACUUAUUCGCGAUAUAAUUUCGUUAAUAAAAUACCAAAGAAACUUUUAACCGAAAUCAACAAUGUUCUCUGCGCUACAAAGUUUGUAUAAAAAAUCAAUACACGCACGCUUUGCAGGAGUAUACAUUGUACCUUGACCUUGUACAUUGCAGCAUAAUUUUCGCGCGCUUUUGUCGGGAAAUAUACAUGACUGUAUAUUGGAAGCAUUUGUAAACGUCGUGUUAACAAUUAAAAAUCGUAGUGUGUUUCGGAUUACUAAUUAUUAUUCUCAUUUGGAAAUUUUACGGAACAUUUAUUCUUGUGUUAUGAUUUAAAUAUUAAUUUGUCAAAUGUAUUAUAUUAGACUAAUUCAUAUUGUAGACGUACCUGUGAAUUAAAAAACAUUAUUUUUAUACGUAUUAAUUUUCUAUACAAUUAUCUUUUUAUACAUGUACUACAGUAUUUAAACAAUUUAUUAUAAAAAUGUUUUUAUUUUUUGGCAUGCCCAGUAGCACACUGCUAACGCGGCGUUGCGCGGCGAUCACUGAUAAGAACGGAAGGUGUCUGCAUUUACCGACUAGCCUAAAGUAAUACACGCCGCGGGAAUUAGCGAACGCGGCGUAACGCCGAGCGUUUUAUCGAGUUCACCUCGCUCUUCCAACGCCGCGUGAACACUCGCUAGCAGAAAAAACCCGCGGAGGGAGCGCGUUUUUUGGGGAAAACGCGUGGAGUGUACUGUAUAUGAAGUCCAACAUCGCUAAGUAAAAAAUUAAAAGCAGUUUGUGAUUGGUUGUAUGUAUUGUGGAUUGAUUUGAGUUGACGAUCUAACGGUACUGUAUUGUUGUAUUUUUUAUUAUAUAAAUGUUAUAAAUGAAUAAGGCGUAUCAACAACUACGCGUUGCACACCGGUCUUAAUUACAAUAACGCAGUGACGUCACCAUCUAUGUUAAGAACGUUUACACUGAAAAUACGUGGCUUGUAUCUAGAAAAGGAAGUAGUAAUGUUUAAUUUGACGUUAAUAGAUCAAGUGUAUUUCGGAUAGGCUUUCGAACUUUUGCAAUUAACGAUGCAAAACAAAAAAAAGCGUACCAAAAAUGCAUAUAUAUCUAUAUCUAUAUAUAUCGCUACAUUUUAUACAUGUCCCGUUAAAUCGGCAAAAGUCCCGGACAAUUUAACUCAAUGUCCCGGAAUUGGUCUAAAACAUUAUGGCAUGUAUGGUAUAUAUAUUUAGUCAUCAUGUAUAUUUCCCGACAAAAGAGCGCGAAAAUUAUGCGGCAAUGUACAAGGUCAAGGAAAGCGUGCGUGUAUUGAUUUUUUUAAUACAAACUUUGUAGCGCAGCAAACAUUGAAUUCGGCAGAGGCCGACGCGUAUCCCCGGUCCGCUUGUUUGACUCAGGGGCGCCCCAGGGUUGGUAAUGGGGCCAUGCAUAGUUGAGAUUGACUGUAUUGUCAUAAGAGAUGUUCAGUAUAAAUUUGAAGUAAUACGGUGUAGAAAUGAAGAAGUUAAUGUAAAAUAACCUAAAAAAUGAGUGAAAAUCUGUACCCUAAUUUCUCCUCCUCAUCCUGCUCUCCUAACAAAUCUUAUAAUGAAAUUACUUCACUGUAGUCAAUUAUGUACAUGUCAUCCUAAUUGGAAUGACUUAUGAGAUGGCUGAACAUGCUCUCUUAUAACCAAUCUUCUUGCUUCUGUUUUUGAAAAGUUAUGUUUUGAGGUUAAAUGGUUGACUAAAUAGUAGCGUCUCAGAAACUUUCUAUCGCAAUCUUGUACACAACAAUGAAUAUGUUGAAUUUCAUGUCUGUCUUUGAUGUGCCUGUUCAAAGUCCAUCUUGCUUUAAAUUGUUUCUCACAUUUUUCCCACUUGAACAUUGUGACAGAUUUUCAGUAAUGAGUCUAAAAUUGUAAUUGAACAAAGUGAAAGUUUCAGCCCUGUUAUAGAUUUUUGAGGCUCUAUUCCAUGAGUUUCUCAUGCUUUUUAUGCUUUACUGCAUUCUAUCUCUUCUGUCAUAUACAGGUUUCCCUUUGCGCCAAUAUUUUAUAAUCCCUUGUAUAAACAUUUGAUGAAUGAGCUUAACCAUUUCACAGAUGAGUUAACACAAACAAUUAAUUACUAAAUACAUCUCUGCGCCACUACUGUGUAACUCUAUGCACCGCUUUGAUUUUUAAAUUUUUUUUUUUAUAUCAUUUGGCAGGUUAUUUACUUACCUCCCUUUAAAGCUUAUUACUUCCCUUGGAUUUGUUUAUUUGACCUUUGACCUUGAAGGAUGACCUUGACUAACCUUUAGCCACUCUAAAUGUGCAGCUCCAUGAGAUACACAUGCAUGCCAAAAAUCAAGUUGCUAACUUCAAUAUUGCAAAAGUUAUGGCCAAUGCACCAUACCAGGGGCAUAAAAAUAAGUGAAAAUCUCUGACCUGGCCCCACCCAAACCCCCAUAACUUUUGACCCAGGGGUCAGAUCAAAAUUCCGAAAAGUGAAGGGUCGCACAUAUGCUCAUAGCUACCAUGCGUGUAAGUUUCAAGGUGUCAGUGACGGACAGAAAGAUGGACAGACAGACGGACGGCGGAGAUAACCACAAUAUCCCCACGCUUUUUGAAGUGUAAGAAUUAUUGGUGAAAUUGCGAAAUUCAAUGAUAGACAUUUCAGUAAUUGUACACUGCCAUAUUUCGACUGUAUUUUGGUAUAUAAGUAUUAUUCAGUCCAUAUAAACCUUGAAUGGCAAUAAUGAAAAAGCGCAAAAGGUUAACCAGUGGUACAAAAGAUUUUGAAUUUCCUUUUUUUUCCAUGAACACAAUUUUGAUUGAAAAUUUUCUAUUUGCAGACCAAUAUUUAUCUUACAUCAUGUUGCAAAGAGAUAAUGGAUGAAGAUGAAGAUUUUGUGCCACCAUCACCCAUAGCUGGUUCAUCCCAAGACAUAGGUAGACGGCUGGGCAUGAACACUUCUGCAGUAUUCUCUCAGUCAGUGGGAACAUUUGGCAGUCAAGUUGGGGGCCCCUUAACUUCAACUCAGAUUCAUGGGGGCUUCCGAAACUUGCCUCCUCUGCCACGACUUCCUGCCCUUGACAUAGAUGUUGAAGUAGAUGUUGAGAUUCAUUCUGAUAGGAACAUUGGCAGUUCACAACUGCAAGUUUCACAACAAAGGCUGGAGGGCUGGAUUGUGAGUGGCCGUCCUGUGGUGCAGGUCCAGCCCCUGGUACACCCUGGCUUCUAUAUACAACCACACGGCAUUCAGGAUGAUGGUCACAUGGUUGUCAUUGAUGAGGACUCUCGAGGUUCUGCUACUUCUGGAGAUGCAACAGAUACGCGCAGAUCAGCAGAGUCUGGAGGUUCAAGUGAGGUCAUCACAGUUGGUGAUGAUGAAACAGAUGUGGAAAAUGUGGUAGAGUCUGAAAUUGAAAUUGAAGACGAAAACAGUAACCAACAAAUGCCAGAUAUUGGUAAUGCAGUAAUGGAGGUGAUCGUCACAGAUGACAUUGAACCUGAGCGUGCUGUCAACCCUGCCCCACAGGAGGAUCAGGUGGACCCAAGGGGUGACCUGCCCCUGGGUGAGGCAACAGACGCACCUCUAGCCCUACCAUCUACACCUGGUCAACAGCAGGUUGCCAUUUCCCGCCCAGCAGUGGCCCUCAUACCAGGUCCUGAAGCGUCCCCGGCUGAUUUCAGAACACCCAAGAGAAGGAGAGUGGCCACCCCUGAAUACUCGGCCAGAAAAGAUGGCGGCGACGAUGAUGAUGGUGAUAGUUGUCCAAUCUGCUUCGAGUCUUGGACGACAUCUGGGGCACACAGACUUUCAUCACUUAAAUGUGGACAUCUGUUCGGGCAGAGUUGCAUUGAGAAGUGGCUGCGAGGUCAGGGUGGUAAGUGUCCUCAGUGUAAUGACAAGGCAAAGAGGCAGGACAUACGAGUACUCUACGCCAAAUCCAUCAAGGCACUGGACACGAGUGAGAGAGACCGAGCUUUGAAGGAGCUGGAAAAGGAGCGAGAAGUGCGGAGGAAGGCGGAGAUGGAAGGGGCGCAACUGCGUCUGCAGUUUCAGACAGUUACACAAGAGGCCAACAAACUGAGACUUGAGCUGGAACGGCUGAAAAAUCAGAUUCGACAAAAUAUAGGCACUGGCAGCCUGUCUGACUCCAGUAUGCCAGAAGCUCGACCUUCCAGCUUAAAUCCAGUUCAUGGUCAAUUUGUCCCUGAUAAGACAAUCAAAAUAUGGGAUGCGGGGCAAUGUCGAGUGAUGGCCUACUGUCCAUCCAUGGCCACUCUAGUGGUAUCUCAGCCAUCCUCUAGCCCGCUAUUCCCAGGGUUUGGGGUAAAAAAGAUAAGUACACUGGACUUUAAGACAUCCCAGUACCUGACGAUCCACUCAAAGACCAUACGUGACGUGGCCUUCCACCCUGCAGUGGAGGACGGUAUCUUGCUUUCCUGUGGCCUUGACAAGAAGGUCAAGAUGACCAGUCUGCUCAGCAACGCUGUUGUACAGUCGUAUGACACCCCCAUGCCUGGCUGGAGCUGCACUUGGAACAUUCAAGACAGGAACUACUUUUAUGUGGGGCUGCAGAAUGGCCUUGUCCUGGAGUACGACGUACGCAACACGGAGGCUCAUGUGAGAGAAAUGAAUGCUGAGGGGAGUCGCUCACCUGUCGUGUCUCUCAAGUUCAUGCCCAGUGAUGUCAACGCUGAUUUUAGACAAGGUGGCCUGCUCAUCGGUCAGCUGGAGAAAGUCUCGUUCUUUGAAUGGCUGCCCAACCAGCAGCAGCGCCUACACAUGCUGCCACUAGAGGGCUCCCUAACGAGCCUCUAUGUGGAAGAGUGCACCCGACACAUCGUCGCCAGCUACCGACCAACAUCCAAACACCCCACAGUGCGUCAUAUCCUGGGUGAAAUGGUGUGCCAGAAUAUCAGUGCCAGUCCCACAGUCAUUGAUAAUGUGUGCACGUGUCAGACGGUACAUACGUUCCACGGUGGGCGGACCCACACGCUGUUGUCCCGGUCAAUUGUCAUGCAACAUCCAGGGGACAGGCAGAGACUGCUGGUGUGUGCGGGUGAUGAAACCAGUAACAGUGUGCACGUCUGGGAUAGUGCAACAGGUCAGCUGACCCAGCGUCUCAUGACAGGGGGGGUCACUGUGGACCUGUGCACCUUCAACAUCAACAACACCACCUACCUGGCGGCCCUCAAUGAUAAAGUAUGCAAGAUCUACAAGUGGACAUGAACUUGAGUUUCACCAUUGUUAUUACCAGUCAUGCAGAUGAGCGAGACAUGCUGUUGGUAUUGAUACAGAUGAGUGAAUCAUACAAUGAUGACAUAUGCAAGGUGUUCAAGUGGACAUGACCUUUAGUUGUGCCAUUGGUAUUGAUACAGAUGAGUGAAUCAUACAGCUGCUAAUAAUGACAUAUGCAAGGUCUUUAAGGCUGGUUACAAGUAAUUCAUUGCAUACAUAUACAUUACCUCUCUGCCUGGAUUUUGGGAUGUGAUUUCAGUUCAGCCUAGUCAUCUAGUAUCAACAAUUUUUUGCAAUGUGCCCAUUGUGUUCAUAUACAUGUCCACAGAAGUAUUUCAUUAUAUUGCUCAGACAUGAGAUCCCCAUUCCAGCUGGACUAGAUAUUAUUCAAGUUCAGCUGCGAACUCGUCAAGUGUAAUUGGCUCUUACAAGCUUAAGUUAUGCAAUUGGUGUGAUGUUAGCUGAUUAUUGACUAGAUGAUCAUAGUGCACAGUUGUUUACGAGGACUUGAUCCAUUUACCGCAUAGUCCUUAAAGCGGGUAUAUACGAUUUUUUAUAUGUGUUUAAUUGUAAUAUAUUGAAAAAAUAUGUUACAAUAACACAAAAUAGGCAAGAAAAAUUAUACAUUUAAUAAAGCCGAAUUUCAUAAAAUGCAGCAAAGACAAAUUAGCGCCCCGAGCCGAUAGUGACGUACAUAUUUUCCUACAAUAACCGAAGCAUUUGUCUUUGUAUUAUAAACCGUUAAACUACGAGGGGUGUUCCAGAAGUUCGUGGAUUUUCGCUAUAACUUAUUAGUUUGAUGGUAAAAGUCAAUGAAAUUUACAUAUUAUACAAACCAAUUAUCACGGACUUUAUAUAUAAGCUAAAAAUGCAUGAAUUCCAUAAAGCGCGUUUGAAACGCUUUGCCAUAGAGACCUCAGUAACGACAUGCGGCGCACGCGUGUAUUUUAUUAUAAGUAUGAGCGUUACCCGAAUUUAAAUUUAGUUUAAAUGUCGUUGAUAAACAGAAUUUACGGCAAAUUUCACGUUACAGCGCAUAAGUCCUCCUUACAGCCCGGAUUUGGCCCCUAUGGACUUCCGCGUCUUCCCGGAAGUUAAAUCACAGUUGCGCGGUAUUCGCUUUGCAAGUAAACAGGAACUUACAGUAGCAGCAAAGCGAAUCGUGUCGUCUUUUGACGCUGACUGGUAUAGAGACACUUUUGACAAGUGGAUUUCCCGACACAUAUAGUGCAUUCGCGUUGGAGGGGAUUAUAUGGAAAAGAUUUGACAGUUGUUAACUUCAUAAAGUCAUUGACGUUGAACAGAAACGUUACAUGUGCGUUGGUGUGCGCAUUGUGCACAUGUUUAAAUCUCUGAUAUAUAUUUAUUGUUUUAUGUAUUUCCAUGAUAUUUGGAGAGUAUAUUUGGAAAGGACGAAAUAUUCUUAACAUGCUUUGUGUUUGUCCAUUUAUGUAACCAAAUGAAAGUUAUAGCGAAAUUCCACGAACUUCUGGAACACCCCUCGUAAGUUUAGAUGCACGUCGUACAUGUAUGGUAUACAUGCUGGCGAAUUCAGCUGUACAGCCGUUUUCAAUUUCAGAAUUAAAUAUCUGGCUUAUUUCGCAUUUUUCGACACAUGUUCUUCUUAACUUUUAUUUUAAUUUAUAUUGAAAUAUAUAUAUAAUAAGUUUUUUACACAGUUUAUAUAAAUUCAUAAAUAUUUGACAAAAUCGUAUAUACCCGCUUUAAGUGGAAGUGACUUCUAGAAAUCGUUAUUUGUGCUGAAAGAGAUAUUUAUAAUUGUCCUGUCUCCACUUUAUAAACACAAAAACCUCCAUUCUUGGAUCUUAAAAUGAAAAUUAUUCAGAGUGUUAAGGAUUUUGAUUUGUGCUUAGCGUUCUUAUACAAAAGUGAAUUUUACAGCAAUCAACAGUGGACUCGGCACAACCAACUUUUGGCAAAAUUUCUAGAAAUCGGCCCAGUCUGUCUAUGUUGAGAAAUGUUUCAAUUGCAAGUAUAUGCUCUUGGAAAUGCUGGACAAUGAGAAUUAAUUGCUAUGCUCAAAGCCAUUUAUGUCAUUGUACAUUGUGUUCAUUAAUGUAUGUUGCAUUUAGAAGUGAAUAGAUUUAAGUCUUCACAGACUAUAACUGAUUGUUGCUAUUAAAAUGAGCAGUCUUGUGCAUAAAUUAGCGUUUUAUGCCAUAUACGACCAGUGUGGUCAGGAGUUACCCUUUUAAAUAUAUGAGUCACGUUCUGAGAAACUGGGCUUAAUGCAUGUGCAUAAAAUGUCAUCCCAGAUUAGCCUGUGCAGUCUGCACAGGCUAAUCAGGGACAACGCUUUCUGCUUUAACUUGAUUUUGGGUAAGGAGGGACUUCAAUGAAACUUAAAAUUCCAUAAAAGCGGAAAGUGUUGUCCCUGAUUAGCCUGUUCAGACUGCACAGGCUAAUCUGGGUCGACACUUUACGAACAAGCAUUAAGCCCAGUUUUCUCAGAACAUGACUCAUAAGGUCAUGCAAGUGUGCUGGCUAGUCUAAAGAUGCGCUGACAACACAUGGCACAAAACCCUUUUUGCAUGACAUGACUAAAAUAGUGUUAAUUAUUUCCAGUGAAUUCAUGAAUAAUUUUUUUCUUAUUAUUAAUGAAGUAAUAUUAUCUCAAAUUAAAACAUAAACAAGAAA